AGUUCUCCACCAUGCAUCAUGCAUCAAAUUUGUAAGCACACUAGUCCUCCAUGAUAGCUCGGUUCUUUAAAUUACCUCCAAGACGGGAUGGAUCCCAAACUGACGUGACGCGUGCACAAUAUUCCUCGUAGCCUCCUGCACCUUCCUUCACCCUCACCACCUGGUAAUCUCCUCGCGACCGCCGGCAACCUGUGACCCGGCGCCACUAGGGUCUUGAGUUCGACCACACGGUGAUGUUUGUGAACCGAGCUAGACCCUCGAAUUCAUGUUCACAGGUGCUACAAACUCGUGUCCCUUCUUACAUGAUAAUUUGCGGCAUGUUGCCCUUUACAUAAAUUCUUACAUAUAAACGUUACAGUAUAGGCAAGUGCAUACUUAACUUUACACCCAUCUCGUUGUGUAUGGCUGCUUCAAGUUGUCGAAUAGCGCUUAGCACCCACAUCCGAGUCAUGGGGGAGAAUGCGCUUGCAGACGACCUUGCGUCUCAAAUCGAGCAUAUAUCUCCAAUUAAAACUGGCUCGUUUGGCAAGGUUUAUCGAUGCGCCAUUAAUGAAGGCAAAAACGAGGUUGCAGUGAAGGUAUUCAUAAUCAAUCCUCGAAGAUCUCUGCAGAAACUUCAGAGCGCGAUGGAUCGGGAAGUCGCAGUAUGGCUCAAGCUCAGUAAAUCGGAUUAUGUCGUGCCACUACUUGACAUUGCAAAUCUCUCUCCUGAAUCGUUGCCAGCUCUUGUUUCAGAAUGGAUGCCUUCCGGGACAUUGGAUCAAUACCUCCAGAAGGACGCUAAAACCCUUGCUGCUAGAGUUGAAUUGUCCAAGGGCGUUGCUGGCGGCGUCAACUAUCUUCGCUUGGAGAAAGUCGUCCACGGAGACCUUCACCCCGGCAAUGUGCUGAUCGAUCGUGAAGGAAAUCCACGUCUCACAGAUUUCGGUCUCGCGAUAGUUGUAGGAGAGCCAGAGUUGCAGUGGGGAACAACGACUGCGGCACUUGAACUCAAUGCUCGAUGGCGUGCACCUGAAGUCCUUGGAAUAGAGAGGGAGGUGGCCAAACCAACUUUCAUGAGUGAUAUCUAUUCCCUGGGAAGCAUCAUUUUCUUUAUCAUCUCAGGAGAUAUACCAUGGAAAGAGAAGAGAAACUCCGUUCCGAUCUCUGUUGCACUGUCGCAAAAAGCCACUCCCACACGCCCCGAGAAUAUCCUCAAUGGUCACUGGAACUUGAUUCAACAAUGCUGGUCGCGAAAGCCGGAGGAUCGCCCCGAGUCUACAGAAGUCCUUGAAUGCAUCAAACAACUUGAGGUUAACGACUUGCAGGCGCCCAUUUUGAAUCAACCAGUGGAUCUGACAGGUCAGAUCAUUGGUGAAAUAAAGGACCUUGCCCCAAGACUCGGAGGCAACUUUACCAAUGUGUAUAAAUGUGAAUGCAAACAGGCAUCAGGACGUACUAUCAAGGUCGCUGUCAAAAUCAUCAAGUUUAGCAUCUCAAAUGAAGAGUUAGAAAGAUUUCAUCGCGAAACUAAGACCUGGGCGAUCCUCGAGCAUGAUCACAUCAUUCGUCUUCUUGGAACGGCAAGAGAGUUUGGGCCACCUGAUGUCCCGCCAGCCCUUGUCUUUCCGUGGGUUGAGACCACGCUCCCUAGCAUUAUCCAGGAACAGGGCGCCAAACUGAGCAUUAGGUCCAAAUUAGAUUUGCUUUGCGGUACAGCUUCUGCACUUGAACAUCUUCAUUGUCGGGGCAUCGUCCACGGGGAUGUCACAAGUCCCAAUAUUCUGGUGGAUAUAUCGGAUGGGAGAUACCGCGCAUGUCUCACUGACAUCGGGUUGGCAAAAAUUCUGAGUGGCCAUUUAGCUAAUGGCGUAGUCGACGUAUCGCAUGUUCAACUUGAUGCGGUAAGGUGGACCUCGCCUGAGUUGCUCAGUGGCGGUAAUCCGACCAAAGAGAACGACAUGUAUUCUUUUGGUUGCAUCAUGCUCCACCUAUUAACUCUGCGUACUCCUUGGCAUACAAUCUCCAAUAAUUUGACAGUCGUUGAACACAUCCGUAGAGGAGAGCAUCCCGAGCCACCACAUUCGCCUGAUCUCACAAAUAUACGCUGGAAUAUGAUUCGCGAGUGUUGGUCAGCCAUGGUGUCCCGUCCAUCUGCUUCGGUGGUUAUAGACUUUUUGAAGGGUGAGCUGGAGGCUUUGGCCAGUCCCGACACUACAGAAGCUUCGACAGAUGAUCACGCAACUAUUCGCCAGCUACCCAAUAUACCCAUCACGAUGGAAAAGCAGAAAAGCGCUAAAAACAUCGUUAUAUUUGGCGCAAUGGGUGCCGGAAAAAGUUCCCUCGUAAACCUCAUCGCAGACCAAGACAUCGCUAGAACUGAGCACAAUCCCAAGCGCUGCACCCUCACAUGGACCAAAUAUGUGUUACCCAAGCUUUUUGAUGACGAGAUGCAACACAAUAUCUUCGACACGAGGGGCAUCGAUGACCCAAAACUCGAGCCAAAUGAGUACCACCGAUCCAUUAAAAAUGCCAGCCGCCUUCUCCACGAGCUUGAUACAUGCGGCGGUACCAAUUUAUUGGUAUAUUGCGUUCAAAAAGGCCGUGACAAUGGCACAUUGCAGAGCAACUACCAGUUAUUCCGUGAAGUGUUAUAUCAGCGGCAAGUCCCCAUAGUCAUGGUGGUGACGUGCCUCGAGGACGAGACAGUCAUGGAGGAAUGGUGGACGCGGAACCGUGCAUCGUUAGAGGCAUCCCAAAUAGUCGUGGAGGGGCAUGCAUGCGUAACGACCCUGAAGAAUGAAGACACGAAGUACAAGGCAUCGAGAGAAGCCGUGCGUGAGCUCAUCCAGGAGUAUGCAGCCGUUACACCAGUGUCAAGGGGAUGGAAGCAUGAGAAGAUAAGCAGCGCGUUCAUGCGAUGGAUCGGGUAUCCUGACCCGGAGUAUAAGAAGUCGCAGGAAAAACUACAGAAGGACCUCGAGGGUCGAUGUGGCAUGAAGACACAGUUGGCUUCGAAGGUCGCAAAAACAUUAUGUGCACGUAGCCCAACGGACUUGCUGCCGCGCUAA